AAAUUAUUCUUUAUUGUUUCAGUGAAUAAGGUUGAUGGCGUAUAUUAUGAAUAGCUUCGUACAGAUUUUCAUCUUCUUGAUUUGUAGUUUCGUUGGGCAAGUCAUUUGUCAAGGUGGAAGCGUUACAGAUUUGGUGGGUUGCGAAGGUAGAUGUUUUAGCAGAUACAACAGUUCGUUUCCAUGUCAAUGCACUAAACGAUGCAUAGCGCACGAAGAUUGUUGUGUCGGAAAUAAUGGUUACCUUAAAACAUGUCAACCUAUGUGCGCUGAAAAAUGUCAAAUUUAUUUGCCGGACAAAGAAAAAUGUCAAAAGUGCGCAUUUACUAAUGGGAGUUGUGUGACAAACAAAGAGAUAUUUGAAUUUUCUAAACGAUUGUGGAAAGAAAAUACAUUUAAACCUCGAUCUACGGAUUUUGUUAUAAAUAAACAAGGUUUUACAACUGACAAAAACACGACAGAUAAAGCUGAUGAAAAAUUAUUCACCUAUGUAGAUGAAUCCAUUCUGCAACUAGAGUCAUUUCAAAAACUCAUUGCUUUGUUUGACAAUUAUGAAAAAUCAUUAGGAAUAGAUGAAUCCUUCAUAAACAACAAGAAGAAGGAACAAAAUGAUUUCAUCAACUUUGUUCUGAGAACGCCAGUUGGAAAAGCUCUACGACAAUUUUUAUUCAAACAUGGCUUGUCAGGAUGUGGCAGGACAAGCGAUUUUAAAAAUAUUUUACGAAAAAUUUGGUUUGAAAAUUUUUCAAGAAAAAAAGGAGCUAUGGAUACGAGUGGGUUUGAACACGUUUUUCUUGGAGAACAUUAUAAUAAUAAAACAAGCGGUUUCCAUAACUGGGUGAGAUAUUAUCUUCUCGAGAAAGACGAGAAAAUUAACUAUAUGGGCCACUUGGAUACACCGGAAGACAACUUUGCGCCUGGAAGGCAACGAUUGCAGUUUGUCUGGGAAGGACAUCGCAAGCGUUUAACGUCAUUCAUUGUUGGGACUACUCCAGAAUGGGAAUUUAGCGUUAUCACUUUAUGCUACUUGACGAGGCCCGGCAUGAGGUGUAAAGUCUCAUUAGAAGACUUGAAUGGAAGCCCAUACGAUGUCGAAAUUCAGACAUACACAUGGAGCAGAACCGCACAUCAAAAUGGGCUGCGUUAUAUCGGUACUGCUUACGUGUUAUGAAGAAUUGAGAGCAAGCAGAAAAGCGUAAAUCCUGUCUAAUAUCUACCUAAAAAGAGAACAUUAAGAAUAGAAUUAGCCAAAACUAAUAGUAGCAUGUACACAUUGAAAUUUAUAAUAUCUCACGCGAACUAACAAAAUUGACGGCAAAAAAUAUUAACUUUGAAUGUCAAUGCAUGGUUUGUCACGCAUGGUUCGAUUUUGCAAUAUUUGCCUAUUUGGGAUGCUAUCUUUUAAUCAAUAGGCUUUUUUAGAACACGGGGCAACACAGUUUAGUAAUUGUUGCAAUAUUUAUAUAAAAAAAAUUAUAACUUUAAAAAAACUGCUAGGAAUAAUGAAAUUUCUUGUUUCAAGUUCGAACAAAUAUGUUUGUGGGGUAAUUUUUUACCUUCUUUCUUGAUAAAUCGUUCUGCGUAGCGACAAAAAUCAUUUUCAGUCAGGUCGUAAAUUUGAUAUUUUCUGCUCUUUUACUUCUUUAUCGUGCCUGUCCAAUUAUAUAAUACACAAUAGAUAUAUCAACACCAGGAUCCAUGUGAAUUGAUUUACAGUAUAUAUAUAUACUAAACUACAACAUAAAAAUAUAUAUGCUAUUUUAUAUUUCAUGAUCAUACAUUUCUGUAAUCCGACACUUGGAAAAACAAAUUACACAACCAUGCAAUACAA